GCCUAUUGGCUGUUUGCCGAUCCAAAUAAGCGCAAAACAAAGCAUAGGCAUGUCCAAAAGAUGCAUAAAAAGCGAGAACAAAGAUGCAGUCUUGUACAAUAGAAAACUUCAAAAGCUAUUGCCUGCUAUCGAAGCUUCUCUUCCAGGAAGCAAGAUCUUAUACGCAAAUGUUUAUGAUCCCAUGAUGGACAUGAUCAAGCACCCUGCGAGAUACGGGUUUAAGGAAACCAAGACAGGGUGUUGCGGAUCAGGAGGGGGUUUAAGUGACACGUGCGAUUCCAAGCUAAGUUGUGUUCCAAUCACUCGGAGUAUAUGUUCUUUGACUCCAUUCACCCUUCCCUGGCUACCUACACUCACCUCGCUGGUUCUGCUUACUCUACCUUAUCGAAGCUUCUUGAUGCCUAAAGCUAUUAAGUAUUUUACUGGUUAUACAGUUUAUGUAUUAGUCACCAUGAGAUUAUUUUAUUCUUUUAUGUAUAUCGUCACUUUUUAAUUCCAUCAACAUUCACCAAACAAAAUAAAACAAUAUUUAAUUAACAUGA